GGAAGCAAAGUCUUGCUUGUACAGCACUUUCUUUUCUUUUCAUGCAGACAACACUGUCAGCACACUUGCAGAAUGAACCUCUCAGCUGAGCCGUCUUCUUCAGAGGAAAUGGCCCCUGAGGAGUUUGAUGGUGGGAGAGCAGUGGCUUGUGUGAUCCUCAGCCUGUCCUUUCUGGUAGGGGCUCCAGGGAACCUUCUGGUGAUCUGGACCAUCCUGAGACGUGUCAAGCAACGCUCCCACACCGUGGAGCUCAUCCUGCAACUGGCUGCUGCGGACCUGCUGGUCCUCAUCACCUUGCCUCUGUGGAUCUACUCCCUGGUACACACCUGGUCAUUUGGAUGGGCCUUCUGCAAAGCCUUAGUGUACAUUAUCAGUGUGUGCAUGUUUAGCAGCAUCUUCUUCAUCACCCUUAUGAGUGUAGAGCGAUUUCUUGCAAUCUGCCAUCCAUUUUUGAUGAUGCGCUGGAAGACCAAAAGUGUAAUGAACAGAUGUCUCGUACUUUUGUGGCUCCUUGCUUUCCUUCUAGGACUACCUGCUUUACUUACCCAGCCUUUGGAUGAAAAUGAUGGAACAGAGCGGUGUUUCAUCAGGGACUUCGGCUCUGUGACUCAAGCGAUUGUCUUUUUGUGCCUGGAGACCUUGGGGGGCUUCGUAGUUCCAUUAAUCAUUCUUAGUAUCUGUUACUGUCUGGUUACAGCCCAACUCAGGAAAAUGAGUUACAACUCCAAACAGAAAUCCUUGGUUCUUGUCCACACAGUGGUUAUUGCCUUCUUUGUGUGCUGGUUUCCUUACCAUAUCAUCAACAUUAUUGAUCUGGUUUGCAUCUUAAGAUCAGACAGAGAACACGAUUGUGUGCCGGAGAGUUUUAUCCUUUGCUCUGGUGCCCUUGCAUUCAUUAGCAGUACACUGAAUCCUGUGAUAUACGUCUUCCUUGCGAGGAACUUGCGAGGGAGUCUCGAGGAGUACCGACUGGUCAGGCUGUUCCAGGAAAUGGCCAUACACGCCAACAAACUCAUGGAACUGGUAGUACAACAGCAGACUAGCCAGAGGGCAGCAAAUACACAGGUAGAGCUCAUGUCUGACCUGUGUGAGAAAAACUGAAUCCCCUUGUGAAAAUGUGAUAUUUGUCUUCUGCAGUUAAAUAACAGACUACACUUCAUUAUCGAGGACUGUAUAUGAUCUGAGGUUUUGAAAGUCUAUAAUUAACAGAUACCAUUAACAGAUACCAUAUCUUCUCAUCCUUGUUUCAGUUUUACUCUUGAGUAUUACUAUAAGCAAACAUGUAACUGUGACCUUUACAUGUUCCGCGCUGUUGAUAAUACUGUAUUAUUGUAAUUGAAAUUUUUGACAAUUUGAAAAUUUUAAUUACUCCAUUGUUGUAUGAGUAUACUCUGUUUGCAACAAUUAAUGAAGCAUUUUGUUUUUACUCUAAAUUAUAUUGACAUAUCUCCAAAUCAAAGCAACGAGCAAGUAGAUGGAAAAUAACUCCGUUGCUGUGGUUCUCCGUCUAGUUAAAAUUGAGAGUUUGAUAAGAAACCAUCAACUUUUUUUCUAAUUCACAUGGUCAUUAAAUCAUCUCUGUUAACAUCU